UUUUUGAUAAAAUUGCUUGUGGUCUACGGCAAAAGUAAAUUGUAGUGCCCUUUGAAACUUGCUGUUUUGUGCAUAUACCACAGCAAUGGAACAAAGACUAAAAACCUUAUCAGAAUUAGACGUACGGAUACAGAAAUUUGAAAAUGGAUUGAGUUCGAUACUUCAAACUUUGCAAUGGGAUAAACAAAAACUUUUCGAGUUUCAGAAAAAAAACUUAAUGACCUGUAAAUAUGACAGUAACCAUCGAAUACCAUCAGAAAAAUUGGAAAUCCAUGAGAAUAAGUGCAGGCUGAAGAGCCUUGGAUAUGAUCAAGAUCAAAUAUUUCUGCCAGAACCUUUGGAUCCUGACAGUAAGACUGUUGUCAAAUUGAAUAGAGAGAAAAUUACAGACAUAAUAAACAAAGCUGCCAAUUCUGAAAGACUAUUUAAAAGAGGUCAGGGACCUGAAGACUCGGAGCCACUGACUGUAGAGCGUUUACAGAGCACGUACACUUGUGAUGAGAGGAGAGCUAUACAUGAUGCUGUGGUUGGAGCGGCGCCCACAUGUCACGACCUAUCCGAUCUGGCUUUGCCAAGCACGAGUGGUGAGGGAGAAAAGUCGAAGGAGAGCAAGUCUCGAGUGGAGAUACUGGCCGAGCUGAGGGACAUGAAGCGCCGCCGGACCAAGUACCGCGUCGCCGCCAAGACGCAAAAUUUCUCAGCCGUUCUACGGGAUGUCAUUAAAACUCAGAUGGAACUGUACAUCGAAGCACGAAACGAAGUUACGAGAAACAAAAAUAAUGAUAAAACAACAGAAAAUGGUACAACGCACAGCGAGUGUUGCACGGAGCAAACAGUGCGCGCACAGAGUGCGGGACUCACUACAGAGAUAGAGGCGACACCCGGGCUGGCCUCAACAGACACAACACUACCGCAUUUAGACACGGCAGACCAGGGACACAUGCAGACCGACCAGACAUGCCAAAUGAUAGGGAAGCAAUUAGAGACGUAUAUAAAAAGCAUACACGUGAGCGCACUGAAUACAGAGAUACGCCUCGGAGAAGAGAUGACUAUAGGAACGGAACACGACAAUAUUAUGAUAAAGAAUCAAGCCAUCGCAGGAGCAGGUCAAGGGAUAGAAGCAAAAGUGAGAGGUAUAGCAGAAACAAUGAUCACACGAGGAGAUGCGAAAGGAGAGAUGGUAAAGAGAGACACAAGAGAGAGCACGACUCCGACUAUCACCAGUACAAGCGAGAAACCGUAAAACGCAAGCGACUCUAAUAAUGUAAUACUGAUCACAGUUUCUAGUUUACAUUGUGAA